AGAGACACCAGACUCCUGGGGUUACUCAAAGAAAAUCAGCAAACAUGGCUGCCACCUCAAGGCCCCAAGCUACGGAUACAGGAGAAGCAGGCCCAGCCACAUAGCACGCAACUCCACAAACUCUAAGUACACAAUGUCUCGCCAAGGCAAAAGUAUGCCACACAAGAGGCGACGGAGUGAACCAAGUCAAACAGUUACUGCGUAUCAACAACAACGGCGCCUUUCUCUUGUGGCCCCACAGCCUCCAGAAGAGCUUUUGGUGACUCCUCCAAGACCUCAGCCACACUCUCAUCAUGUUGCUGAAUCCGACAUGCCCCUGGAAACACAGCAGGACAAAUUGAGUGAUGACAAUUCUCUGCAGCAACAGCAGCCUUCUUCACCAACCCGACAAAGGUCGCCCACAAUGAGGUCAUCACCCACACAGACACCACCAACUGCUCAACUGACCACACAAACACCACAGGGGGAAAUCCGUGAAACAGAUUUCUUGGCCAGGUGGUCACAGCAGCAAACCCUCGUUGGUGACUACAUCAAACGACAAACCCAAUUUCAGGCAAGUCUGCCACAUCACCUCCCACGCAUAUCACGAAAUAGCAGCAGACUGAACCUCCAAAUGACCCGUAUUGCUAAUACCCUUGAGCAAAUACGUGCGGACAAUGUGCAAAACAACCAUGCCAUUAUCAGAGUAAUGGAUGAUCAGCUUAGACACCAACAGCAGUUCAUCAACAUCAUGCAAAACAAUCUGCUUCUAAUGCAAAGUUUAUCUAGAACAAUAGAGCAAAAUUCGGAUGCCAAUACUCAACUGUCCGCCAGUAUAAACAAUCUUAGCUAGAACAUUUUACCGAUUCAACAACAAACCCAAACAGCAAGCUCCUCAACCACCACACCCAGCAUCACCCCAGUUACCUCCCCAGUACGGAGAUCCCAGAGAACCCGAAGUAAUGUUGCUGGACAGGGAUCAUCUUCGUCCAAAAAGCAACAACCAAAAUGACACCUGAAACUUGCGCUAAAAAUUUUUUUUUUUUUUCAGAAAAUAAGUCAAUCUGGUUAAUUUUUCAAGUUAUUGUUUUUUUUAUUUUGUUUUCUACAUUUAUACAUUAAUUUAUCAACACAUAUUGUUGAUAACUUCAGACAUGUAUGAUUUACAUUAGAA